GCCGUUUCGUGCCAGUACUAUCGCAAGCACAUAGGUACGUCGUCGAUUGUGACAAUGAACUGCUGUGGUCGCAAGGAGUAUUGUGCCAGCCCAACGUCACCAGGAGGGGGAGGCGGGAGUUUCGGGAGCCCGGCCAGAACUCGGAUUGCACCGGGAAAGGUUUGCCACCAGGCGUCUGGAGGCUGCUUGCCAGCCCGCCGAGGAUAGCUAUAAGCUAAGGAUGCCUGCCCGGGGGCCACCCUGCCCACCCCGUAGAUGUCGGUUGUAUGGCAUCCCUCGGGAGCAGCUCCCGGUGCUACAGCAAUUGUUUCCUGGAUGUAAAUGAGCAUCAUACCCGACUUCCAACCCAGUUACACUCGGUAAAAUUCAUCUCGCUGGACAGUGCCGGGAACUGCCUGCACAUCCUCGGGUUCGUGCCAAAAGCCAAUGGUACUAGCACCCCACAUGCUGGCCUACUGCUCAAGGAAUAGCCAUACUACCUGUAAUACAUCUUUGGCAACACCCUUUAAGUCACAAGCUGCAACACCUACACGCCCCGUCACUAAUACAUAUGCUUUCGUCCUCGUUUGCUGCCCCCUGAUAGGCGUAUCUCAUUUGCUAGCUAUAAAUAAGCGCGUUGCAGUAUCGUGGGUAUACUCGCUGGCGUUUUGCAAAGAAUGCUGCUUCGAUAAACAGCUUCUUGACUUGAGGGCGGCAUCAAAUGUCGAAAGCGCCAGUUGGUAAGGGCAAGAGUGCGAAGAAGGACAGAGGUCCCCUUCUCGCAGCUCACGCGGAGGCCCUUCGCAGCGGCGUGGGCGUGACGCCAGAUGGUGUCACAGUCAAGGGGAAGGUCGAGGCCGCGCUCAACAUCUGGAGCAUGGCCAUAGCCGGAGAGGAGGAGCGCGAGGAGAUCUUCAAGGCAGGCAUAGCGCUGCUGCUGCAGCAGCUGCUGGAGCGCGGCGACGUGGAGGAGCGGCAUGCGGCCAUGGGCUGCGUGUCAGUGCUGGCGCUCAGUGAGAAGCAUGUAACUGAGGUGGUCAACGCGCGGGUUAUAGCGGCGGCUGCGGGGCUACUGGUAUCCGAGCACGCGCGCGGCAAGCUGCCGGCAGUUCAGCUGCUGCAGCACUGUGCGGGGCGGCAGGAGUUCUGCAGCAAGGUGGCUGACGCAGCGCUGCCGGCGUUGGUGGAGGUGCUCAAGAGCGACGGGUUGCCAGGCUGGGGCCAGAUGCGGCAGGCCCAGACGCACGCGGCGCACACGCUGCGGCUGCUGCUGGACAACGUGGAGGGCGAGGCGCCGGAGGUUCGGCAAUUGCGCCGCAUGGCUGUGCUGCAGAUGGGCGCGGUUGCACCGCUGGCGGCGAUGGUUGCGUACACGCCCCGCCUGCCGCCGCCGGCCCUGAUGCCUGCGCCGCCGCCGGUGGUGACGAAAAAGAAAGGCGUAGCAAGCAAGAAGAAGAAGGAGGGGGAGACGCCGCUGGGCGCCAAGGACGCGGCUGCCACCGUGGCCGCCGCCUGCCUGCGCUACCUGUCGCUGGUGCCCGAGUUCGUCGACCAGUUCAUGCGCACUGGCACGCUGCCAGAGGUGAUUGCGGGGCUGCCGGUGUGCGGCGAGGAGCAGGCGGCCUACCUGACCGGCAUCCUGUGGGAGGCCAGCGCCGAGUCGGCUGUGGCGGAGGCGGCGGUGGCGGCGGGCGCUGUGCCUGCGCUGCUGCACGUGUGCUCCAAGCACUUAGCGGGCUGCCGGACAGGCAAGCCCAAAGCGGCGGCAAAGAAGGAUGACAAGAAGGACGGCAAGGCGGGCGCGGGCAAGAAGGACGGCAAGGAUGGCAAGGGCGGCAAGGGCGGGUCGGGGUCGGGCGCGGGGGGUGAGCCGCCCAACUUUGCCGACAUGGCGGUGUGCAACGCCAGCGGUGCGCUGCAGCACCUCACCUUCCUGGACGCAGCCAAGCAACAGGUGGCAUUGCGCGGCGGCGUGCCCAUCCUGACCGCCUGCCUCAAGGUUUCCAACCCGCAGACGUACGAGAACGCGGCGGGGGCGCUGUGGAAUGUGGGCCUGGACGUGCGCAACAACCUGGUGCUGCAGGCUGCUGGAGCCCCCGAGUUCCUGGCGCACCCGGUGCCCAAUUCCUGGCUCACACGUGGCGAGAGCACUCGGCCCAGCGCCGCCGGGGACGACGUGGGCGACUCCUCGGACGUGCGGGACCGUGUGUUCCUCACACAGGCGCCGCUCGUGUGAUUAAGAGCGACGGCUGUGGCGCUGAGACACGACUUGGCGGGAGGGACGCGCUGCGUGGCGCUGGCGGCCCGUGCAGGGAUUGGAGGGUGGUGUGUAGAUUGCAGAUGCAUGAGCGAGUUGAGCGGGGCGGCUGUGCCUUGGGUUGCAGCGCGCAGCUUUGCGGGGUACCUGUUGGCUUACUCGGCAGACCGUUUUGCAGCGGCCCGUGCAUACCGGCGUGUAACAUUACAUUGAGGAAAGCUAGGUACAUACGAUGUAGCAGGUGGGAGUACUUAGCACUUCAGACCAGAGGCAUGAUGGCGCGCUCACCAUGUGCUUGGGCGAGAAGAAGAAUGGCCUUGGUCACUUGGUGUGCGAUGGGACAGUGGCAAGGCAGGUUGGUAUGGUGCUCCAGUCCUCGGACCUGGGCCCUUCCCUGUGGUCACCUGGGCGGAUCCAGGGUCUCAGUGACGUGACACACGAUGAGCUGUUGCGGAUUCGACUCAAAUAAAUGGAGGAUAUUACACCGCAGAGCAGGAGGCAAAGGUCGGAGAGAAUGGGAAGCGCGGGGCUCCGGCACUCGGCAGGGUCUGCGGCACGCACACGGUAUGGCAGCGCGGUCUUGU